CGCGCCGGAAGAGGCGUGUCCCAGCAGGAGAAGGGGGCGUGGCGUCACAUCAGCUGUACAUUUAUGCAAAAUAUUAAAAAGCAUCGCUUCGGAACCCGUCGCCGGCUGAUUAAGCCGUGCUGAGUCCGUCCAACCGAACGACCAGGAGGAGGGCGGCGCUCCAGGGACGACCGGAUCUUCUCUUGGUGCCGUUGGACGCAGCGAUGGAGACGGACGGAGAGCCCAGCCAGCAGCCCACCCCCCCCGCUGGGGGCGCGCUGUCCGGGUCCGCCGCGAGACCCUCUCCCAUGAACUCCAUGUCGCUGUACGAGAGACAGGCCGUACAGGCACUGCAGGCCCUGCAGAGGCAGCCCAACGCCGCCCAGUACUUCCAGCAGCUGAUGCUGCAGCAGCAGAUCAACAACGCCCAGCUCCACAACCUGCAGCAGGCCGGUCUAGCUGCUGGUCGUCAGUCAAGUCCUUCCAGUAGCUCCUGCCCCCUCACCACCACCUCAUCCAGUGUUCCCGUUUCAGGGGGCGGGGCCAUCACCAGCUCACGCCCUAUUGGUCAAGGCCCGUCAGCCACGUCAACCAUCAGCCAAUCGGUGGUGCUCAGUGGGACGGCCGGGAGGCAGGGCCAGAUGUACCUGAGGGUAAACCGGUCGCUCCGGGCGCCCAUCUCCUCCCAGCUCAUCUUCAUGCCUGGUAACACGGCAACCGUGGCAACCGUUACCCAGCAACCCCAGGCUCAGCAACAACCCAUUAAGGAAGUGAUGGCCACUUCCUCCUUUGGCAUCCAAUCAGACAACAACCAGGUCCAGAACCUGGCUCUGAGAGGACCCUCAGACCCUAAGGGUCCCGGGGUGAAGACCGAGACCUUCGAGAAAAUCGACUCAGUCCCUCACGGUGGGGCCCAGCCCCUCCCCCAGCCUCCCAUCAAGCCCCUCCCUCCCCCCCUCCCCCACAUCAAGAUCCCCUCCUACCCCCAGCCCGCCCACCUCAAGGCCCACCCCCCCCCCUCCCCGUCAAUCCCCCUCUCCCAGCUCCUCCUCCACGGCCCGCGCUCCGUCUCCACGGUGACCGCCGCCGCCACGGCAACCCACCUCCUGGUGCCUCCGCCCCCCCCCCACGGUUACCAGGCGACCCUGAAGCCGGGGGCGGGGGCCCUGAAGCUGGGGACGGGGGCCCAGACCCUGGUGGUGCAGCCCCUGCAGAAGGCCUCCCUGGGCCCCGAGAAGCCCCUCCCCAUCCAGUCCAAGGGCCCGUCGGGGGUCCGGCCCCCCCUCCAGCUGCCCUCACGCACGCCGCCGCCCAUCCGCCCCGCCCCGGCCCCGCCCUCCUCCCUGGCCACGCCCCCGGCGGCCCCGCCCCACAUCCCGGUGCAGAUCGUGGGCGCCCGGCAGAGCUCGCUGGGCAGCUCGCUGGCCCAGGCCCGGGGGGGGGGGCAUGGGGCCCGGGGGGGGGCGGGGGGGCCCCUGCUCACCGUGGUGGCGGCCAUCGCCUCACGUGAGGGCGGGGUCACGGCGUGCCGAGGGGCGGGGCUUAAGGCGCUCCAGUCACCGCAGGAAGUGGCGCCGUUGGCCCGCGUCACUCACGUCCACCCCCAGGCCAAUCAGAGCGGGGGGCGGGGCCAGAACGGAGUCCUGACCCCCGGCUCCUCCUCCUCCUCCCAGCCGGUGGGCGCUUCCUCUUCCUCCUCCUCUGCUCUUCCUCCUCCGUCGUCCUCCUCGCAGCUGCGUCCGUCCGUGACCCUUCCCCAGGCGCCCGGCGACCAGAGGGGAGCGUUGCCAGGGGUGACGGCCAAUGGCAGUGCGGCGGGAGGUCACGGCACACAGGGGAGGCAGACGACUGGAUCGUUGAAGAGGAAGUCUGAAUCCAGCUCGGCCAAUGGGGAGGAAGGCCCUGCCCCGGCGCGGCUCCAACCAAUCAGAGAUCUUCCGUCAGCGCUCUCGACCGCUGCCGUUGAAGCAGGCCCUGGUUUGAAUCCCCCCGCCCCCUCCCUGCCGCUGUCCAUCACCCGGGUGGGCGUCGGCCAGCUGGAGAAGGCCCCGCCCCCCCAGGCUGUGGUGAAGCCCCAGGUGCUUACUCACCUCAUCGAGGGCUUCGUCAUACAGGAAGGGGCGGAGCCAUUCCCGGUAUGUGGACCAGUGAAGGAGCCAGCGGGGGAGGGAUUGACCAGUGACUUCCCAGACGUCAACAGCCAAUCAGACACAGUAACCACAGCAACAGUGUUGAAGUGUGAGUACUGCGGCAGUCUGGCCCCCGCCCGGCAGUUCAGAGGAACCCGCCGCUUCUGCUCCAUGUCCUGCGCCAAGAGGUACAACGUCAGCUUCCGCCUGAAACACAGCCAGGGUCACGGCCAGGGUCAAGGUCGCCAUCAUCACCCCCAAGGUCACCACUCGGACGGGGAAGGAGUGGUUGCUAGGAGACGGGUCCCCCACAGGACCAGCUCGGAGAUCGCCAGCGCACGGAUCGCUGGCCGCGCCCUACCUGCCCAGUGCCGCUCAGAGUCUAGCCAAUCAGACGACGGUUCCAGCAUCGACGAGGAAGAAGAUGACGAGGACGAAGAUGAGGAAGAUGAGCAAGAUGAGCCCAUGUCACUAUCUCCCGCCAACUCUCCUUCCUGCACACAGGCCCCGCCCCCUCCUCCACUCCCAUUGGACGGCCCUGCUAGCCCCGCCCACUGGAGUGUGGAGGAAGUGUCUCAGUUCAUUUCCUCUCUGCAAGGCUGUGAGGAGUUGAGCUCACACUUCCUGUCCCAGGAGAUUGACGGACAGGCACUCCUGCUACUCAGAGAGGAGCACCUCAUGUCCACCAUGAACAUCAAGCUAGGUCCCGCCCUCAAGAUCUGCGCCCACAUUAACACUCUCAGAGACUGAUACCGGAUUGGUCCAGACUCCCCGGUCCUCGGCCAAUCCGAUUGCGCUGCGGUCCACAGGAAGUGGGCUGUACGACGGCGCCACGUCCUGAUUAACACGGCGAGUAAAACGCAGAUGGCUUCCUUCUUUCUUUUAAGUAAACGUAGGAUUCCUUCAAAAAAAACCCGCUCCUCCUCCUCCGGCGAUCCUACCCCCGGUAGGAAACGAUCUGGAGGGUUUCCCUCCGUUACCGUCCCUCACUUCCUGUUGUGGAAGUCCCACUGCGGUCUGUAGCUCUAAUCCUGGGGGGUGGUCCGCUACGGGUGGUCGUGAGGAGGGGGAGGGGCUCAGACCCGCCUGUCGCCACGGGCGAUCUUGGGGGGGGGGGGGUCUCCUUUGUGUUGUAAUGUUUGGAUCCACGUUGCUUGUCCCACUGCCUUGUUUAAGCUGUAAAGAAAUCACUUUUUUAUGCUAUCUGUCAACUUGGUGGCCUUCUUUAGUAGCCUCUAUCGUUACAGACGAAGAAACGUCUUCUUUUGAAAACUGCUUUUCAUCUCAUCGCUUCUAUUUUAUAUCUGAACUUUUUUACGAGUUAUGCUUGACGUCAACAUUAGUUGCCUUUUGUGAGAAUCCAACCAGCGGCGGCAGCAGCUGCCGUGGGCUACAAACAGAACGAAGAAAGGGUUUGUGUCUUCCCUCAACUCUGUGGAACAGAACUGUGUAUUUAUAUAUUUAUCCAUACAUUUCUAGUGUUAGCUAGCUUUGCUAGCAGUGAGCGGUUACAAAUGCUAACUGUUUUUUUCCAAACGGUAAUAAUCGAUGUUAGUGUUUACAUUUAAAGUUCCUCUUGAUAUUUCAAGCCUCAUCAUGUGUACCAUAUCUGUGAUUUCAUUCAAAAGUAAUUUCGGAAAAUGACUAACCCCAACGUAGUUUUCCAAUCUUAAGGGAAGUCCGAAAGGGUUUGAAGCACUUUGUAGCAGCUCCGGGUGAACUCCCGGUCCAAUGAAACGUUUUGUCAUCAACAGAAACGCCUCAAUGCUCGAAACCUUUCCAAACGCCACAAAAUCGUAAUGUUUUCAGAAGAACACAAAGCUGGGAUGAAACGAGAGAGAUUUGAAUCGAUAAUGAAGGGUUAGAAGAAAUACGUAAAUUAUUGUCAUGAAAUAAAGGACACUGAUAACAAUUCU